CUUGCAGGCACGGACACAUCUCAGACAUGUGACUUUGACCAAGAACUGAGUGAAAAAAGGACAGAGCGUUCUUCGCAGAGAAGCAGCCAUUGGAGAUAUAAUCUGCACCCUUUUGAAGGAUCUGUGACAGUAAAGAGGGAACCACAGCCAGAAACCAUUAUCAUUGAAGAUGAUGACAGUGAUCAAGACCCUUUCAUGUCCAGUCAAGUCUGAUACCCAGCAUGCAGUCACUGCUGGUCAACACUUGUCAUCAGACCAGGACAUCUUGAAGGUCAAAGUGUAUAAGGAUGAGCGUUGUGACUGUGCAGUGUGUGGAGAGGUACUUCAUGGUCAGAGAGCACUGACUGUGCAUCUACGUGCUCACCAGAUUGCAUUCGAGAGCACAUGCCAUAUUUGCCAGACAGACAACCUUACUCUUGAAGCUCUUCAGCUUCACUUGCGCUUGAUGCACAGUCCCUGCAUUUUCCCAUUGCCAGCUUCAGUGACUACAGAAGGACUUGUUGGGCGAGCUGUGCUGCCAGCUCUUGCCUCCAGACAGGGCUCAUUGUCUGCAAUAGCAUCUCUGGUCAACAUGGCCAGCUCUCAGAUGAUGGGGGGAUCGGCUGCAGCAGGGGCAGCUAUGGAUCCUGGUGCAGCAUUUGGUGUCAGCGGUGGUGCACUAGGAGCUGCAGCUGCGACAUCUAACAACAGAAUAGCACAGGUAGUAGAGCAGCUGUUUGGUUUUCAGAAUCUGAUGGUAAAGUGUGAUACAUGUGAUCUGCUUUUUUCCUCAAAGCAGGCUUUAUCGGAGCAUGUUGCUAUCAUACAUGGAAUGCAUGCACUAAAAACUGGGAUAAGACAAGAAACCAGUUGCGAGUUGGAAAGAGAUGAUACCAGAUGUGAUGAUACUAGACAGGAAGACAAUGAGCAGUCCUCACAUGAAAAUGCAGAUUUUACCUGUUUUGAUUGUAGCCAGGCAUUUGUUACAUAUACCAUGCUAACUCAGCAUUGCAUACAGCAGCAUGGCAGCACAGCAGUGCCCAGCCAUGGCAGCUGCACUCUGUGUCACAAGACAUUUGACAUGUGGAAGACUUUACGUACCCACUAUACAGUGUUUCAUCGAAUUUCCUGCUUUUGUGAAAGCUGUAAGCAGGGAUUUACCUCCUCAGAGGAGCUAAAGACACACUAUGAAACCCAUACUCAUGAAACACGCAGCAUUGCCUUUGUCUGUGACAUCUGCAAUAAAGGUUUUUACUCUCAGUCUCAGUGUAGUGCCCACAAGCGCAGUCAUAUUUCUGAGAAGAGCUUUGCUUGUCAGGUGUGCGGCAGUGCAUUUUUCAAGCGGGGUGAUUUGUCCAAACACUUUCGCACUGUACAUGCCCCAAAUAGAGUUUUUGCUUGUAGAUUUUGUGGCAAAAGAGGUACACGCAUGGACAACAUGCGCAGCCACGUCAGAUCUCAUGGCAAACAUAUGACAAGAGAUGAGAUUUUGUCAAUGAUUGAAGAGGCCAAGUCAUAAAAGGGGUCUUACAUUGCUGUCAGUUACUAAAUGCUAUACACAUUUGCAACAGCUGUGAUUAUGUUUUUUAGAAGCUAUACAUCUUGUUUGAUAUCUACGAAUUUUGAUAUGUAGAAAAGAAAAAAGGUUUCUCUUUAAGUUGUCGGGCAAUUGACAGUUCAGAAUUUUUUGUUAUUAGUUGUCACUGUUGCUGUAGACAGUGAACAUUUUUUUGGUUUUUGAAGCUGUAAUGGACCUUAUUCAUGCAAGUGCCAUUUGGGAACCAGAACGAGGCCUUAAGGGCCGGUGUAGUGGUUGCUGAACUUAAUCUAUGUAUCAAAUGAUCUGUAAUACUGGAUUUGGAAUCCACUCCACGUUCUCACAUUUAUGAUUAACGAAGAACAAACACUUGAAAAAAAAAAAUCAUAGACUGAUACUGCAUUUUUGUUUUGCUUGCGAUAUGUUUGUGUGAUACCGUUUUGCAAUAUGCGAUGUGCUUAUACUAAUCACACUUUUCUUAACAGUUUGAAAGAGUGAAACAAUAGAAAAUUGCAGAUGUUACUAUUGUUUUUCAUUUUCUCUGUGCACUUUCAUUAUUCAACAUAUGGGACUUAUCUUCUGUCACUGACUUGAUAAUUUACCUUGUACAUUCAUAUUUCUAGUAUUUCUGUGCCACCAACCUGUUAUGUUUGUUGUAUCUCAUGAGACUAUUUUGAACAUUGUGCACAAUCUCGAACAUUUAUUUUUAUAAACUUGUGUAAUUUGUUUUGUUCAUGUGUAUAUUGCACAGUGAUAUAUCUCUCUUGAAUUUGUGUCACCAGCCUAUAUAAUUUUCUUUGCUCAUGUAUAUCUAUUGCAGCGGUAUACAUCUCUUAAGGUUCAAAUAAAAAUUACAUUUAAAAUCAAAAUUUUUCAUUGUACGCACCCAAAAACAUUUUCCAUGUGCUACAAAUAUGGUAUUUUAACACUCGAUAGUAUAAAACUUAUAAAAUGAUUCAAAACAAAUAUUUUACUCAUUAGUUCCACCUUAAAUUUAUGUCUCUAACAGUAUAAUUGGCUUUGUCCCAUGUAUAUAUUGCACAGUGUAUACACAUCUCUUGUAUUUGUGUCACCAGUCUGUAUAAUUUGCUGUUCGUCAUGUGAAUAUAUUGCAUGUUGUGUACAUUCAACCUAAUGUUUGUGAUUAUGUUGCCUGCCAACAUUAAAAUUGAACACAAUGGUUUUUAUAUGGCAUUUGGUAAAUUCCAGCCAUUGCAAAUGCAAAAACAUAGUUAUGCAUUUAAAAUGUUUUUACUUUUACAGGGUUAACAUCAUGAAUCUUAUAACAGUUAUGGUAAAAUUUACCAUAUGCAAAUGUAGAUUAGGAACAUCUAUGCCUAGUACAGUAUUCAUAUAUUCAUAACUGGAGUUGUGUAGAAAGACAUAAGAAUAUAUUACCAUUAUUUAACCACCAUUUAACCAGUGCCAAUCACACUUAGCUGAUAAAAUUUUAUAAUAUAUGCCAGAAUGUCAUAAUUGUAAAAGAGAUAUUUCAACACUUUAAACAUGUAAAUAAGUGUGUUAGUGUGAACAUUCAUAAAAAGAAAACAGAUGAAAGAAGGGUGUGCUUUUUACAUUGUAUUUCCUUUGCUAUACAAUAAGGUUAGUUGUAGAGUAAUAAAUAAUACUAUGCCAGGGUCUUUUGUAAUGACUAUCGCUCUGCCGAACCAGAUUUGAUGCCAUAGGUCACCAUGAAAAAUUAAAUUAUAGGUACUCUGUAGUUAUAAGAUUUCAGAAAAAUUGUUGUUAAUUCCUUAUUUGCCAUGACUUCAUCCCCAAGGAUCAUCUGUAUAUAAAACAAUCAAAAGUGACAUCACAUAAUUGUUUCAGCUUUUGUAGAUGAUAGAACUUCUGCAGUGUGAGUUUUUUUAUCACUUGUGAAUGAAAGAAAUGAGUCUUGCCACCACAUCAUGUCAUCAUUUGUACAGACCAGUCUACAGCAGUGCCUGUGCCAUUUGACUUUAUGUGUGAAGCUCUAGGGGAUUCUUCUUCAUUACCAUGAGGCCUCGUUUUAAAAAACCUGCAUUAAUAAGGUCCAUUACAAUGAAAUGAUAUCAUUUUAAAUCCAAGAUCACAUUUUUCUUUUCUAUAACAAUUGGUAUUGUUACUAUCCCUUUAAAGAUUUUUUACUAAUUUACGAAAUGAAUGCAACUAGAAGAUGUUGAUGUGUUUUAUUUGUUAAGUUGCCCGGUCAUUGUUUAGAUCAUCCUUUUCAGCACUUGCUAAUUUUAUGUGGAGACAAGUUCUUUCAGUCUGUUUUUCCACUUCAGUAGUUUAAUGACUAACAUUGAUUGCGGAUAAUAUACUAGUUUUGCAUAUGAUGUAUGUUUUUUCUAGAAGUGGUUCAAAGCAAACAUCUCAUGCUUUCCUCAUUAAAAGAUCUUUAACAUGUGUUAGUACCUGUACCUACACCAUACUAUUGACUUAGGUGACAGAGUGGUGAGAAUAGAUGUUUUUAAAGGGCAGAAGCAAAAAUGCAGCUGCGAUGUUUUUGUUGUCAUUCCCAUGUGCUAUGUACUAAAUUUUAUUGACAGAGACAUGGCAAUGUUUCUUUAAAUCAUUUGUUAAUGUAUUUUUGUCAUGAAAGGGCUCUAUUUGAGAUGUUGAUACAGUAUUAUGGGCCAUAACUAUAGGGCUUUUUGUAUGUUUUUUGUUGUUUUUUUUUUCCAUUUAUCUUAUUAGACUAUUUUGAAUUGUGAAAAGAGCACCCAUCAGGAACAGGAUGAAAAAUUUGCAUUGAAUGAAAUUAAAGAGUGGGUUUGCUGGGAUUUUUUUGUGUUUUGAUAGAAGCAGUGAAAUUGUUCAAAGCUAUUACAAAACUUUACUGUUUUCUUAGUAAAUUAUCCUGAUCAAACCUUCUGUUGGUGUUAUUACUGUCAUAUGCAGCUUACAUGUGUUUAGUUAUCUGCUGUGAUUUGCUGUUUUUGUUAAAACGGAGAGCUUUAUAUGUAUAAAAUAACUCCUUAUGGCCUUUUGCUGUUAUGGGAUGUUAAGAAAAGUAUUUGUAUGGUUGUUUCUAUUGCAGGAAAUAUACCACCAAGGUUUUCCCGUAAUUUGAAUAUUCAAUAGAUCAAAAGUAAAAAAAGUGUUGAGAUACAGUAAUAGCUGCUGAAAUAAAAUGUUAGGAUAAAUAAUAUUAAACUAUUCAUCCAAACAGUGUGGCUUUUUCUGUGAAAUGUCAAAGGUUACAUUAAUUAUGAAGAUAUUAGCAUCUUGCUUUUUACCUCAGCAAUGUGAGCCUAAAUCAUUGCUUCUGAAGCUGAUCAUAAGCAGCAAUCCUUUUGCAUUAUACUUUUGUUUUAUAAUUUACAAUAUCAUUCAGUGUUAAAUAUAAAUGCCACAAAUAAAACUUAUUUAUUAAACAUAUGCCUAAUUUUUUUUUUAUAUUUCACUAACAGUAAACAUAGCCUGUGAGUUAAAAUGGUAUUUCUUUGGGUUUUGAUUUCCAUGGUGAUGAGGGAUGGGUAAAGGCAUGCUGUGAUAAAAGGUAUGAUCAGAACAACUGUGUUACAAACUGUUAUUUUUUUUAAAUCAGAUGACAACCAAAAUAUUCUUGCUGGUGAGAGAGCCGAUUAAAAUGUAUGGGAUUAUUUUUUGUAGGAUAACUUUAUUGAAGUGGUAUUGACUUCUUGGGUGUUAGUAUGGGGUAAAGAAGUGAGCAGUUUCUUAUACUACCAAGAAAAUUCCUUAUUUGAAUUGAGGCAUGUGCUUUACCUCCCUUCUCCCCAGCCUUGUCAGCCAUCCAGCCACUGAUUUAGUUUGUGUAUGUGCUUGUUAGUCUGCUGUUUCUGACUCUAUCCUUUUACAUAUGACAAAGGUGAAAUACAGAUAGACUUAAUGGCUGGCAGCUGUUGAUACUAUUGCUGUCCAGAUUGGAUAACACCAGCCUUUUUUUGUGGUAUAUUUUUGUCAAAGACAGCUUAGAUUGGGACACCCCAUAAACAUGUUUGGUGCUUGCACUCUAAUUUCUAUGCAAAAAAUACAUAAUGUUUAGCAUUUGUAAGGUACACUUUAGUUAAAAGACUUAAAGCUGUUUUGUUUAUUUUAGCAUGCUAUGUACAUGAAAAGAAUCUACAACUAUUACAUGAUGAUAUUUCAUAAGCUUUUUUUUUUAUGGUGCCAAGUGUCUGAUUUAACAUUGUUAACAUCUCCACAGCUUUAUGUAGUGCCACUUUUAUUUCUAAUUAUCAGACUGACAAAUAAUGAUAGUAGUGAUAGCAAUGAAGAUGAGCAUAAGAUUUGUUGAAAUUGAAAGAUAUUUGUUAUACCUUAAUGCAUACAACUGCUCUUUAUUACAUUUUGUUUGUUCACACAGGAAAUAACAAAGUCCACUUUCAGUAAAAUGAUAUAAAAUGUGAUAUUUUAAAUGACCGAGAUCAUGCUUGCCUUUGGGUUGUAAUAACAUGCUCUACAUCACCCAGCAUCGUUUUAAUUUUGAUGAGUUUUUUACGUUUUGAGAUGGAUUUUAAGUUUCUUUAUACAGUUGAAAUUUUAGUGAAUCUUUGUUUUCAUUGCUGCCUUACGUUGAGAAACAGCUUCAUUAUAUGAGUUUUAUGUAAUAAAAUUGUUGAUUAUGG